AUGGACGAGAAGACAUGGAAGAACAAAAUCAACGAGGCCAACAAGAUGGCCCUGCUGGCCUGGGAGAAGGAGAUGGGCAUCGAGCUGGUGCAGAUCAACGGGCAGAGGCGCUACGGGGGCCCUCCCCCAGGCUGGGUGGGCGGCCCGCCGCCGGCCGGCACCGAGGUGUACAUCGCCAGGCUGCCGCAGGACAUCUACGAGGACACGCUGCUGCCGCUGUUCGGGAGCGUGGGGCGGCUCUACGAGUUCCGCCUGAUGAUGACGUUCAGCGGGAUGAACCGCGGCUUCGCCUACGCCCGCUACGCGUCCCGGCAGGACGCGCGCAGCGCCAUCGCCACCUUCCACCGCUUCCAGCUGCGCCGCGGCUGCGCCAUCGUCGUCUGCUGGAGCACGCAGAAGCGCGAGCUGCUCGUCAGCGGCCUGGGCGCCUCGGUGAGCCAGCGGGAGCUGGAGGCCACGCUGCAGAGGGUCACCGAGGGCAUCUGUAGUGUCACCCUGCACGCCAGCCCCUCCCAGAAACAGGCCAAGCUCGCAGUGCUGAAGUACAGGUCGCACCAGGCUGCUGCCCUGGCCAAGAAAACUCUGAUGGAAGGGACCCUGAGGCUCGGGAAAGCAAAGCUGAUGGUGGAAUGGCUGAAUCCCCAGCUGAAGCAGAAGCUGCAGCUCUGUGAGGAGGAGCCACCGUCCAGCUGGGUGCAGGGAGGUGAGAGCCCAGCAGUGCCCCCGCCUCUGUCACUGCAGAACGUGCUGGACUGCCUGAACGCGCUGUGCUGGAAGCAUCACCUGAGGACACCCCUGAUCAGGACCAAGUGUGUCCAGGUGAACCCCAACGGGUGGCAGCGCUUCUGGUACCAGGUGGCCAUCCCGGGGUCCCACGUGCCCGUCAGUGGCUUCAUGUGGAUCUCACCAGACAGGCAGGGCCAGAGCGAGCCCGAGAAGGCCAAGGUGGUGGCAGCCCUGCACCUUCUGCGGGUGUUGGCUGAGUCCUUGGGCCCCUCCCCAUCCGUCACGGACCGCUCCCAGUCCCUCUGGCCCCAGCCACGUGCCCCCACCCCCAAAGGGCUCCCCCGCUCCAGGACCCUCAGCCGCCCAUCCCCAGCCUGUACCCCCAGCGCGGGGCCCCCUGACCCCUAUAACCGGUGUCCCCUGAGGGACCCCCGCCUGCGCCGAAACGCGCUGCCCCUUUAA